AUGUCCCAGACCAAGGCCCUGAAGGUCCGCCUGACCCUCCUCUGCGUCCUGGCGGGGAUCGUGCUGGCGCUGGUGGCCGUGGUGACCGACCACUGGGCCGUGCUGAGCCCCCACGUGGAGCACCGCAACGCCAGCUGCCAGGCGGCACACUUCGGCCUCUGGCGGAUUUGCACCAAGCGGAUCGUCCCGGGCGACGGCAGGGACAAGAGCUGCGGACCCAUCACCCUGCCUGGGGAGAAAAACUGUUCCUACUUCAGGCAUUUUAACCCAGGCGAGAGCUCGGAGAUCUUCGAAGUUACCACUCAGAAAGAGUACAGCAUCUCGGCCGCGGCCAUCGCCGUCUUCAGCCUGGGCUUCACCAUCGCGGGAACCAUCUGCGUGCUCCUGUCCUUCGGGAAGAAGCGCGACUACCUGCUGAGGCCAGCGUCCAUGUUCUUCGCCUUUGCGGGUCUCUGCAUCUUCGUCUCGGUGGAGGUCACACGGCAGUCGGUGAAGCGCAUGGUCGACAGCGAGGACACCGUCUGGAUCAAGUACUAUUACUCCUGGUCCUUCGCCUGCGCCUGCGCGGCCUUCGGCCUCCUCUUCCUCGGCGGCCUAGCUCUCCUGCUCUUCUCCCUGCCGCGGAUGCCCCAGAACCCCUGGGAGUCCUGCAUGGACGCCGACCCCGAGCACUAGCCCUCUUGGGCCCCUGUCCCGAAGGAAGCCGAGCCCAGCCCAGAACGUUUGAGAAGGAGGCGGGAGCGUUACUUCUCCCCGUUCCCACCUGCCCCUUCCCCCGCAGCACAGC